GGGUCCUGCCGGGAGCUGGCGGUGCGCGGCCCCCGCCUGCAGCUGCGCUCGCUCAGCGCCGCCACCUCGGCCGUCUGGCUGGCGGCCUACGGGCUCUUCGCCAUCAGCGAGAACAGCAUGGUGCUCUCUGCUGCCAUCGUCAUCACACUGGUUGGCCUGAUCAUUUACCUGCACUUCGUGAAGAUUGACCAGGAAUCCCUGUUGGUGAUCGGCUCACUCGGCAUCCAGGUGACUUCAUCCUAUGCCUCAGGGAAAGAGAGCACAACCUUCAUUGAGAUGGGUCAAGUGAAGGAUGUGGUUAUCAAUGAAGCUAUCCAUAUGCAAAAAGUCAUCUACUACCUGUGUAUCCUUCUCCGGGACCCUGAAGAUCCUCAGGGAGUAUCUGAGGUUGUGCCACUCUUUCAGAGCUCCAAGCCACGACUGGACUGCUUGAUAGAAGUGUACAAAAGUUGUCAAGAGAUCCUGGAGCAGAGGAAGACAGCUCCACAAUCAAGUGAAAUAAAAUAGCUGAAAAAAAGGCAGCAAACUUUCAGCAGAAGUCAGAGGGACAUAUGGAAAAGCAAGCAAAACUGCCCCAUGAGCAGAACUUUUUAGGCUCAUACAGAAAAGGUAUUUUCUUGCCUCUCCAGAAAAGAAUUAUGGGGAAAUAGGGCAAAGGGAGACAAGAAAAUGCAUCAAUUUUUUACUCUUUCAUGCAUCUGAAAAUUAUGCUAAUAUUAUAAAGUAACCUUGGCUGGACUGCCGUAAGUAUGCAUUCUUUGGUUUUUAUUUAACCCUUUGAAAACCACACUCUAAAUACCAAAGCUGAUGUGUGGGCUCAGAUAGUAACUUCGUGAUCACAGGAGAAUUUCAGAAGGACAAAACCAGAAAAUGAAACUGUUGCAUUCAGUUAUGUUUAAUGAAAUAAACAUAAGAGAUCUGAAGACUGACUUCUUCAGCAAUCUGCUUGAAAGAGUCCCAUGGGAAGAGGGAAGAGGGAACACUGUUCAAGAUGUAGUUAGAAAAGCUAAAGCCCAGCUGGAGAUGAAUCAGUUGAAGGAUGUCAAAGGCAACAAGAAUG